AUGGCGACGCCCUUCCAGUUUCGAGGGGCCGACGCGCCUAAUCCUCCCCCUCGUCAGCCCAGAAGACAGAACAGAAGCAAGCCUGGAAACCAAGCCCGCAACCGACCUGCCAGACCUAGCAACCUUCCUCCCAGACCCCGAUUCACUUUCCGCUGUCCACCUCCGCCCACGUCUGAGCGACCACUGCUCAGCACCAAGCGCGAACCAACUCCCGAGCAACUCCACGCCGAGGAGGACACUGGCUCCAAGCCUGCACACAAAUUCAAAUUCAACCUUGACGGUGCCAGCCCAAGUUCAGCCAGUUCAGCAGAUAUGGAUAUUUCGGAGCCGUCUUCUGAUGAUGCGGAGUCUGACAAUCCAGAGCAUCCGCGCAAGCGACGUGUCCCCGCCUCCAAUGUUUCUAAAAUGCCUGAUGUGGCGCCGUUGCCCGCUCCUCCGUCUGCGCCAAAAUGGUCGAAUCCCGAUCCUUACACCGUUCUUCCACCCCCAGACGAGAGCAAGCAGCAGAAAGUCGAUGUCGUCGAUAUGAUCCGCAAGGCACGGCUCCCUAAGGAUGCAUCCGGAGCCGCAAAGACCAAUGCGGUGGUUCAAAACGAUGACUUCAUUUCGUUGGGCGGAGCUGAUGGCGCCGAUGACACGCCCGAUGACCAUAAACCGAAAGCUCCUAACAACGCACCCACUGGCCCCAAAAACAUGGUGACCGAGAAUCGGGCCCAGCAGUCCGCAUCCUCCAUGCAAAAGCGAACCCACGACGGAGAGACUAAGGGUUUCUCGAAUAGGCUCGCGAGGCCCGUGGAAUUUGGGCCAUACAGGAAGGGGGAUAUCCUUACUUCCUGGAGGGCCCUGUCUGUAGAAUCCGCCGCGCCGUGGUUCGAAGAUUCCGGCCUCGUGAACGUGGCGUCUAGACUGCAUAGCGAAAUCUGUGACUUCUACGCCUGGAUCAGACCCCGCGAUUUCGAACAAAUCGUGAGGGAAGACCUCGUUAGUCGGCUCCAACAAGCCUUUGAAGGCGCUUAUCCUGGCUGCCAGCUGCGGGCCUUUGGUUCCUUCGCGUCCGGCCUGUAUCUUCCAGUUGCCGAUGUCGACUUGGUUCUCUUGUCCCCCGGAUUCCAACGCACCCACGUGCCACAUUAUGGCCUCACACCCUCCCAGAUAUGGAAGUUUAGCAAGGUCCUCGAUAGGGCGGGGAUCUCCAUUCCUCGGGAGACCGAAGUUAUUGCUCACGCGAGGGUGCCCAUCAUCAAGCUCGUGGAUAAGGUCACUGGCUUGCACGUUGACAUAUCCUUUGACAACGACAGUGGAAUCAUGGCAAAUGAGACGUUCAAGGAAUGGAGAAAAGAAUUUCCUCAGAUGCCCGUUCUUGUCUCUAUCAUCAAACAAUUCUUACUGAUUCGGGGCCUAAAUGAGGUACCCACCGGUGGUCUCGGUGGUUUCUCUAUCACUUGUAUGGUGACGUCUUUCCUGAACCAUAUCCCAGACCCUAUGAAGCAGAAUCUGGGCCGGCUACUACUUGAUUUCCUUGAUUUUUACGGCAAUGUUCAUGAGUUCCAGGAUUCGGGAAUUCGCUUGAAACCCCCCAUGUACUUCAACAAGGCAAGAAAUAUGGAUUUCGCGAGAAAGGGCCCCCGUCUCACAAUCGAAGACCCAAACAACAUUUUGAACGAUAUUUCCGGUGGCACUAGGGACAUUGACUUGAUUCUCUCCCAAUUCGGAAAGGCCUUCAGAGAGCUUUCCCUGGCCAUGAACCGCCUGGCAAAGACCAACAACCGCAAGGAAAGCAUCCUGGCCACCAUCAUGGGUGGUAAUUACGCAGCAUACGCUAUCCAGCGAGACCAGCUUCAUGAGGUGUUCGAGAGAUCUGCUCGAUUCGCCGAGUUCCGCAACCGACCACCUCCGCCUCCUGCAUACUCUCCCCCUCCGCCACCUUCGCCACCUCCUCUUCCUCCCGGCCCUCCUCCACCUGGUCCGCCGCCUCAGUAG